AUGCUGCUACGCGUUGCCUUGGCGAGCGCAACGUCUCAGCCGGCGUCAGCUCGCGUGGCGUCUCUUGCUGCUCGCUUGAAGCUGUCGGCGGUCCAGAGUAGAGCUGAGAGACUGUCGAAGCCGCUGCUCAGCAGGUCGACACUCGCUUGUGGUGCAGGCAGGCUCAGCCGUUUUGACUUGUUCGGCGCGACUGGGCGAUUGCACGUGGCAAGCCGCUCGACAAAGGACGACGAUUGGAGGGCUAUGAGCUCGCACUUUUCGAGCAUCAAGCUGCUGGCCGGCAGCUCUCAUCCGGCACUGGCAUGGGCAAUAGCAAGACGUCUUGGCCUACCACUGACGGCUGCCGUCACUCGAAGGAACCCAUCUGGGGAGAUUGCGCUAGAUCUCAAAGAGUCUGUCCGAGAAGCGGAUGUCUACAUCAUCAACACGGCGUCGGCAAUGAGCGUGCCGACCAAUGUGGCUCUCAUGGAGACGCUCAUCAUGGCACACGCGUGCAAGAUAGCAAGUGCAAAGCGGAUCACUGCCGUCAUUCCUCAUUUCCCGUAUGCCCGCCAAGACAAGAAGGACAAGAGUCGCGCGCCUAUCACGGCCAAGCUAGUAGCCAACAUGCUCGUUUGCUCUGGCAUCCAUCACGUCAUCACGAUGGACUUGCACGCGUCACAGAUCCAAGGCUUCUUUGAUGUGCCAGUAGACAAGUGCCUCUAUGCUGAACCGACUAUGCUGCAAUACCUGCGCGAAUCUAUUGAUGUCAAGAACGCGGUCAUCGUCUCGCCUGAUGCAGGAGGAGCCAAGCGAGCGUCCUCAAUGGCAGCAAAACUCGACCUCGAUUUUGCGCUCUUCCACAAGGAACGCAAGAAGGCAAACGAAGUCGCUCGCAUGGUCCUCGUCGGUAAUGUCAAAGGCAAGACUGCUGUUCUCGUUGACGACAUGGCGGAUACAUGUGGUACGUUGGUCCUGGCGGCGCAGAACCUCAAAGCAGCGGGCGCGACCUCUGUCAUCGCUCUCGUCACUCAUGGCAUCCUGUCCGGGCCAGCAUUCGAGAAGCUGGCAGGAUCAGAACUUGAAAAGCUCGUCAUCACCAACACAGUGCCUCAAGAAGAGCAUCUGGCGAUGAGCGAUCGACUGCAUUGUGUGGACGUGAGUCAUGUCCUGGCAGAAACAGUGAGAAGGAGUCACUAUGGCGAAUCGAUAAGCUACCUCUUCGAUGCCAUUCCGUCUCAGAUGUCCCCCGUCACGCUCGAUUACACUGUACACACACCUCCAAACGGUUUGACAAACGGACUCAGUCACUCGAGCAGUCUGGGCGAUGUCCGGAAAGCCCAUCCACUCUCAAGACCGUCAUCUCAACGUGGCUCGAGCGUGAAGCUCGACGUACCGAUGACGCCGACCAAGCGGACGAGUGCCAACGUGAGAAGCCGAGAAAAGAGAAAGAAGGCUGAAGCUCUCGUCACUCAAAGUUCUCUUGAGCUGAGCUUCCGUACGGCCGCGCGCGACAUCGACCAUCCAUCUGCUGUCGACACUGUCAUGGGCUCACGGGUGUACUUGGUGUCAAAGACGCUCGAUCCGGUGCUCGGCGUAGUGUCAGGUCUGUGGGCAUACACCAUCUAUGAAUCCUCGCCUCGAACGGAGCUGCCUGUCGAACGACGGCUCUGGCCGCUCAUCCAGCGAUGGAACGCAGAUCGUAACGCCAGACUGGACAGACUGGCAGCGAAACAUGCUCAGGACUGGGAGGAGAUACAGGCUGCCUUCAAAGCGGACGAGGAGAAACGAGGGCGGACAAAGUGA